AUGUUGCGACGAGGAACAAUCCGUGCAUGCCGACUUCUGUCCCUGUCCAUUUGCACUGUCUUGCUCUUCGCUCUGCUCGCAACAAAGCUCCGCCUACCCAGCUUGAUAGAGAUCCACAACGAGAGCGCUCCGAAGCCCAGUCCAGUCAAGCCAUCAAGACAAGCCAUCCAGCCCGAGAGAUGGCCAGCUAGCGACUAUUCCCGCGCACUGGUGGUCGCGAAAUUAAAAGCUGAAGACACGAGUUGGGUCGACAGAAUCGCGCGCAAUGACCCCAGCAUCGCCACCGCAGUCUACGUUGUGGACGACCCGAUGGCCGACCCAUUCAUUAUCAAAAACAAAGGCAAUGAGAUGAUGCCGUACCUCACGUACAUCAUCGACAAUUACGAGAAUCUGCGCAACGUCACACUGUUUAUGCACGCUCACAAUGCCACUUGGCACAACGAUGCCGUGUUGGAUGGUAGCUCGGAGAUGAUGGUCAACCGGCUGAAUCCUGGCCACGUCGUCCACGAGGGUUACGUGAACCUGCGCUGCUCGCAUCACCCCGGCUGCCCUGAUCACAUUCAUCCUAACGCCAAAAAUGAGGACGAAGCCACGCUGGUGAACAUUCCCCAGGCAGCAAUCUUCAAACAGGCGUGGAGAGAGCUGUUUCACGGGGAGCCCGUACCUGAUGUCGUUUCCCAGCCGUGCUGUAGUCAGUUUGCAGUGAGUUCGGAGCGUAUUCGCUCCAUUCCGCUACCGAAAUAUGUUUUUUGGCGAGACUGGGUGCUUCGUACGUCGUUUUCUGAUGGACUCACGGGGCGUGUGUGGGAGUACCUUUGGCAGUAUGUAUUUACGGGAAAGCCGGUACUUUGCCCCGAUGAAUUUACUUGUGUUUGUAAGGUGUAUGGGGUUUGCUUUCCCUCAAAAGAAUUAUAUCAAUCAUUUGCUGUGAUGCGAGAAGAGAUACACAACUUAACAUCAGAAAUAUACGAGCUGAAGACCGGAUCAAAGAGCGCGAGCCUACAGGAGAGGAUUUUCCAGAAAGAAGAAAGGGUCUCAAGAUUGGAAAGAGAUUCAGAAGAAAUCAGGGCUCAUGCGUUGGGAGGAUAA